AUUAUAUUGUUCCGCCAAUUGCAUAAUAUUAUAGGUAAUUGUACGUUUUUAGGACAUAUCUAACAUAUUUACAUUUUACUUUUUAAUACGCCACUGGCACUUUUAGGCGAAUUAUUCGUAAGUACGUAGGAAUUAUCAUGUUCGUGUCUUAUAAAAUGUAAUCGUCAGAAAAGUUAAGAUCCGUCGUAUUACCUUUGGCAGAAAUGUUUCGUAAUGGACUGUGUAAGCUGUGCUCUCCCCGGACUCUCAGCUUACGAUUUCCGGACAGAAAAUACAAAUCAUUGCUAUACACACAUCAAACGCUUGUCAAUUCAUACCAAUCUAAUAUAGUUAUCAAGAAUGGACACCGGCUGGAAUGCAAAAAGUAUUUUAGGUAUGUUCGUCUGCUUUGUUUAUUGCUUUAUUGAUGCUUUUUUCAUUAUACUUAAGUAUAAGCAGCGAUGGUAAUUAAAUGAUCCGAGGAAAUUACAGUAAGAUCGUUAAAAAACUUUAAGCCGAUUGCGAUCUUUAACAUAAUCGUAAGGUGUAUUAGCAUUAUUAAGGAUAAUGCACGUAUAUUUGACACACAAUAAAGGAAUAUAAAUUUUGUGUUCAUAUUUAAAAAUGUAUAGUUAAGUUUUCAUUCAGUUGUUGGGUAAUUAGAUUUUAAAUCCAAUUCUGAAUAGAAGUUUUUAUUGUAGGUUUAUAUAAUCUGAAAGGUUUUUAUUUUCUUUAGAGUUUCACCGGUCAACAGUCUACCAUUUCCGGCAUUUGUAUCUUUGGUACUGCGCCCAGUCGCCAAGUUUUUAGCCAUGGUGAUGGGAAUACGUAUACGUCGGUGGUGGUCAAAACUGAGUGAAGAGGAGAAACUUAAAUUUUGGAAUAAUGUACAUAAACGUCGUAAACAAAUAUCUGCUGCUACAGCUGGUUUUAUUGGUUUGAUUGUACUAUAUAUUGCUGCUCACACAGAAAUAGACCCAAUUACUGGAAAACGUCAAUUAAUACUAUUUUCACGACACCAAAUGGUGGAACUUGCCAAUUCAAUUGCUAACGAUUUAUUAAAGGAAAAUAAAAACGCAGUAUUUCCACCAUCACAUUAUUACUACAAGCGAACAUUGUCGAUAGCGAUGCAAAUAAUUAAUGCAAAUACAGCUUAUGAUCAUGUCAAAGAUCGUAAUUGGUUUUUAAUAGUCGUUAAUGAUCCAAGAGUAAAUGCUAUGGUUUUGCCAAAUGGCAUGAUUAUUGUUUAUUCAGGACUAUUAAAUGUAGCCAAUGAUGCAGAAAUUGGUGUUGUUUUAUCCCACGAAAUUUCUCAUUGUUUACUUAAUCAUCAUGUUAUACGUUUAAGCCGAGAACAUUUACUUGAAAUGCUAUGGCUGAUACCAGUGACCUUAAUUUGGGCAUUAUUUCCUGUACCAGAUGCCAUUUUAGGUUUUCUUUUAGGUCAUUAUUUAAAAAAUAUAACUAUGUUAUUGCCUUAUGAACGUGACCAAGAAAUCGAAGCAGACAAGUAUGGUCUGAUGCUAGCAGCAAACGCAUGUAUAGACAUUCGACAAGCUCUACAAUUUUGGAAAAAAAUGGAAAAGAUAGAUCCGAAUGAUAAAAAUGCAAUAUGGUGGUUAUCUACUCAUCCAUCUAUCAGAACACGAAUCAAUUAUAUUGAAGAUCUUUUACCAAAUGCUUUAGAAUUAAGAAAACAAAACAAUUGCCCACCUUUGGAUAGAUAUUUCUGGAAACCACUCUCAUUCUUUUAACUAUUAGAAUAAUUAUUGUAGUAUACUGCCCUUCUAAUAAAACAAGCAAUAAAAACCCAAUUUUCAAACUUGAGGUUAUUUCAUAUUUGGUGUACUUAGAUAAUUCUAUGUUUUUGUAUUUCCUUAGGAAAAAUACUUUAACUCCACUAGAAAUGCCUUUAAAAUGUCAUGUCAACCAAAAUAUUGUUAAAUAUUAGAGAAAUACACAGUAUACACAUGUAUGUAGCUUGUUCUAAAGAAUAAAACAAUGAUAAAGUAUGUACAAUGAUGGAGAUACUACUUAUUUUAUUAGUAAACUAAUUCAUAUUUCUCAAUACAUAUUCAAAAUCUUUUUAAAAAUGAAAAAUAAUAAACUAAGUGCAAAAAAAGGGUGUAAAAAUGAUAAAUAGAAAAACUAAUUUUCUAACAAUUCAAUUUGUUAGAGAUACUAUUUGUUUCACUAGGAGGGCAGUAUAGGUACUUGUUAUUAUUAUUAACCUUUCUAUACAACCAGCUGUAACAUUAAUUUCUCCAUGUUAUAUGAAAGUUUUAAUUAUCAAUAUUAUACGUUAACUACUUUUUAGAUUUAUUAUGUUUUCACUAUUAUCCUCCAAAUAUGUUAAUUUUGAAUUUGAAUUGAAUGGAUCCAACCAUUCUAUGGAAGAAAUUGCUUAUGAAUGUCAUUAUUUAUAAGAAUUUAACAUUUUUAUCUUAAUUAUUUUACCGUCCUUAAAAAACAUGUUUUCGUAUAUUGUAUUUUUGUUACUGACGAUUACUAUUGUUUGUUGUAACUAAUAUAUUUAUAUACUCGUUUAUAUAAGCCUUUUCGUAAAUGGAUUACAAUAUUAUUAUUGCUAAUUAUGUUUAUUUCCAAAUUAUCUCUGUACUGAUACCAAGUAGGUAUAGAUUUCUUUAUCAAUUAUUUUUAGAUACUCGUUAAGUAUACU